CACUGACGAACGAAUGAAAACAUAAACAUUGUAUAGUCAGCUCGUUAAAGCAGCAAUGACGUUAGUUAUUUAAAUAAAAAGGGAAGAGACUAGAACCCUGCUGCCAGGAAUAUGCUCGAUUUAGAGGUUGUCCCCGAGCGAUCCCUGGGAAACGAACAAUGGGAGUUCGUUUUGGGGAUGCCGUUUUAUCAGGCGGUUAAUAUAUUAAAACGGCAAGAUAGACUCAUCAAAGCGGUACAAGUUUGGUAUAGUGACCAGAACCCAUUACAAAUGGACUUGGUCCUGAACCUUUCUCAGGAUGGAAUCAAGCUCAUCUUUGACCCCGUGUCACAGAGGUUAAAGAUUAUAGAAGUCAAUAUCAUGAGCAAAGUCAAAUUAAAAUAUUGUGGUGUUCAUUUUAAUGCUCCCCAAAUCCAACCAACGAUAGAGCAGAUUGACCAGUCAUUUGGAGCUACACAUCCUGGAGUGUAUAACUCAGAAAAGCAGCUCUUUGUUCUGAAUUUCCGGGGUCUCUCAUUUGAUUUUCCAAUAGAGUCUAAAUUUGAGCCCAGAUACGCUCAUGGUCUUGGCUCACUGCAGUUCCCCAAUGGAGCCUCACCUGUGGUGUCUAGAAUGUGUAUAUAUACAGGCAACAGUCUGGCUGAUACCAGGGCUCCUCCACUACCUAUCACCUGUUUCCAUGGCAACUGCUUUGUGGAGUGUUUAGAAGUUCUCAGAGAGCAUAAUGUUACAAAGGGGCUCAAAUUCAUUUUAGUAACUGAAGGAAAUGGCCCAGGAAAGCUGCUUGACCCUAGAAAAAAGACUGUAGAAAGAAUAGUUAGGUUUGGUGACUCAUGUCAGGAUGUUAUAAGUGCCUUAGGAUGCCCUAGCAAAGUGUUCUACAAAGCUGAAGACAAAAUGAAAAUCCAUUCCCCAGACGCUCACAAGAGGGUCAAGUCACGCUGGUCAGAUUUCUUCUUCAAUUAUUUCACCAUGGGCGUGGAUAUCUUGUUUGAUGCAAACACCCAUCAAGUGAAAAAGUUUCUCAUGCAUACCAACUACCCAGGCCAUUAUAACUUCAACAUGUAUUGUAGGUGUGAGUUCAAGCUGCCGGCCGUGGUGGACAGACCCAAAGGGGAACGCACUCGCCACCCGUCAGAAGAUGAGCUGAUCGUCACGGCCUACCACAAGUGGGAGGAUGUCCAGGAGUGGCUGGUCAAGCCUCAGGAACGCCCGGUCAUUCUAAACCGAUCCUCGUCUACCAACACAUCCAAUCCGUUUGGCUCAACCUUCUGCUAUGGUGUCCAGGAUAUGAUAUUUGAGGUUAUGCAGAAUCACCACAUAGCGUCAGUUACCUUAUACCAGGCCCAACCCACUACUACGACAGCUGUCAAUCAACCUCUGCUAUGCUAAUGUAACCAGACUUUAGAGGGAACUGUGCAAGCAAACAAAAGACAAUGAGAACGCCAGUGGGAGAGUUUGUGAACAUUUUUACCCCAAUUUUUUUUGUUUUUCUUUUUCCUCCUUUGUUUUAUUUUAGUUAUCGUAGAGGUGAAGGGAGGCAAACAUGUCCAGUGUUAGGUGUUUUUUUUUUUUGAUGAGACGCCUUGCCACUUUUAUCUUGUAAUCAGUAUGAUUUUAAUUCUUGAAGAUAUUUAUGAAUGAUAUCAUUUUUACCUCAUGGACAUGUAAUGCAUGCUCUGCUUCCCUUCUCAUCAAUGUGUAUAAAGUUAAAAUUUCAACCCUCAGAACAGCUUUUUAAUUCACUUCACAUUUCCCGACUUUUUCCCUGAAAACUUGGUCAGUCAAUAUUGAAUGGUAAAUUUUUGUGAAAGUGAGCGCAAUGAAGUAAUCCCUACCCCAGUCCAUUUUUUGUCCAUUACUCUGAAAGUUGUGUUGUAUAAGUGACAUUAUUCAGGAUACCACACUCAUCCCAGGCAGCAUGCUUUACAAGAGACAUUACCAAAAAAAAAAAUAAAAACCCCUUAAGACAAAAUUUCUCUGAAAGAUCUGCCCCUUUUAUUAGAUUUUACCCCAUAAAUUGCUGAUUUUUUAAAGCAGUACAUGUAUGCAAAUUUGCUGUGUGAAGCUAGUGUUUUAUUGACUGUUUACCUGCCCUUUGCUCAAGUCCAUUGGUUGAUCCAUCAGACCUUGUUCCAAGUCACCACCAGUUGAUCUCAACUACACUCUUUAACACAUUCUUUGUGAAUGAGGUAAAGGUCGCAGGGGUCAGAUCUCUCACACGAUGACAACUCUUCAUUCCUGGGUGUACAUGUACUUGUUUCUUGUUAUUUAAGUGGAUGUAACAAUACAUCGCAGGGUAUUUUGUGGUUUUAAAAGUUUUACCGUGUUUUAAUGAAGUAGCGGCUGUUUUUUUCUUUUUUUGUUAAUUGGCUUAUCAGCCUUGUGUGUAAAUUUGAAACUGCCUUAGCUUGUGCAUUAGCAAUGAUGUGGCCAGUCUUGGGAGUUCAGAAUAGCCCAGAACUUUUUUUAAUGAAGCAGAUUGUUCUUGAGUCUUUUCAGUAGUGUUUUUUAUGUGUGUACAAUAUUUUCAUCUAAUAUUGGAUUUACUUGACAGCAUAGUUAGGAAACAAUAUGUGUUAUAUUUGGUGAAAACAAAAUCUCUCAUGCAUUCCUGAAUGACAAUUGCACGAUAUUGGGUGGUGAAAUUUCAGCAUCAUUGAGUUUAUUUAUGAAUUCAGCAAUACAGCCUAAAAAGUCAAAUAUUAAUAAAGAUCAAACCAUAGUUCCUUUUUUUUUUACAAAUAACAGAUUGGACUAUUUUUUAAUAGUCAUUUGGCAGCCAUUAUUGUUAAUCACAGCCCUGGAAAUUUGACUGUUAAUAAAUAAUUUAUUAAACCAAUAUUAGGUCAUUUUAAUACUGUACCUGUGUACAUGUAUGUAAUUGUGUGGAAUGUUGACCUUUGAGAAUAAGCCAUGGUUUGAAGUGUUCUUUCCAAACUUGCCGCAUAAUGUUUUCAGAAUUGUGCAUGCAGUUCUGUCUGGUUCUCACAGUGAGCACAGACAAUUUUGCUGUAUGAUUGUCUUCUCACGAGUGUAAUCUGGUUCUCACAGUGAGCACAAACAAUUUUACUUUAUCAUUGUCUUCUCACAGGUGUAGUCUGGUUCUCAGAGUGAGCACAGACAAUUUUACUGCAUGAAAGUCAUCUCAUGGGUGUCUUCUUACAGUGAAAGCAAACAGACAACUUCACUGUAUGAAUGUCAUCUCACAGAUGUCUUCUCACAGGGAGAACAGACAGAAAGUUUUACUGAACAAAUCACUGUUAACUCAAUGUUACAUUGAUUCAAACAUGUUAACAAACAGACAAAUGGAUACAAAAUUAAAGUAUGAUGAAUCCGGAGAUGGUGAUGUAAGGAAGGUAAGAAUUUUCUUGUGAUAGAAGAACGUUAUUUUUUUGCCUCUUGUUUGAAAACAGGAGAUAAUUGAAAGCUAUUAAAUAUCUACAUGUACACUCAGUAAUUUGCAAUGAUGUGAUAAGACAUUUAUUGUAUGGUUGAACUUACUAAUAGCAAGUCGUACUUGGUAUGCAUUGAAUGAAAUAGGUUUGCAACCCAGUGCUAAGGUUGCUGUGUGUAUUUACAACGCUUAAAGGUAUUGAUUUCUUUCUUUUUUUCUCUUUUUUUUUUCUCCAUAAAAGUCAAGUCUGCAUGUUGAAUAUAUCUUGGAUAUAGACAAUAGAUUUUGUUUGAGCGUGUUUGAUGAACGAAUAUAUUUCUGUAUAUUUGUCAUAUUUAAAAUCUUAAAUUGUUGACAUAAAUCAUAUAAAAAUAUAAAAUAUCCAUGUAAAUAUUCAUCUUCAGAUAUGUCAGUCACAAUAUACAUGUCCAUACGCCACACGCACUGUGACUGCAUGAAAUUUAUACUUAGAAAUCGGAAAAUUUAAUACGGGACGUGGUAUGUACAUACAUGCACAAUGUAAACUCAGCAUAAAAUUAAUAGGAAAUAUGUCAAAUUCAGAUGUACAUAAUAAACCUGGUGAAAUUCAUGCAUGGAAUGCUCCUUCGUGUAUUAGGACAAGUUACAAUCUAAAGUAUGGCAGACCUGAGUAAUUACUUGUAAAAAGGUUAUUUCUUUUUGUAGAUUUGCAAUCUUGUCUUAAGUCAGUGGCCUACGUCCAUGACUUCUCCUUGAGCGCCUAGUGUUUAUACAGUGUAUGUUCAUGAGACAGUGUUAUUCAUACUCGAUUAUCAAAUGCAUGUUGAUGAAAAUGUUGAAUGCAUCUGUUAUGUCAUACCGUUGUUUCCUAAUUAGAAGGUUGAAUAGAUGGGGUUGAUAAGUUACUGAACGGAAGCAUGCAAAACGGGGAUUUAUUUGCUGUAAUUCUUCAACCACUGCAGCACUUUUUUUUGUAAUUGAGAAGUACAAUUACUACCAAGAGCAUGCUAAAAUGAUUCAUGUGUGUCACUAAAGAUGCAAGCUUCAUAAGACUCUGAAAAAUAGUUUUCUACACCCCAUAGCUCUCCCAGGAUGUUUCAAAAUGUCGGUUGCAGAGGCAGUUGAAAAGGGUGAAGAAUUAGGGUAAACGGUAAUGUAACCCCUGAAAUAAAAAUGGACAAAUAAUGUUACAUGCAUCCCAUUGCCAUUUGGGAUUCUAAAGUAUUACCUCUUGUAGGCACUUACAAAACCUACGCGGUACAUUUACUCACCUUCCAUCAUUACAGCAAAAAGUUGUACUCAGGCCUAGCUCUGCAUUGCUCUAUACCUUUGCUAACACCACAGUACAUUGCUCUAUACCUUUGGUAACACUACUGUACAUUGCUCUAUACCUUUGCUACUGAUACGGUAGUGUUAGCAAAGAUAUAGAGCAAUGUAGAGCUAACUCAGGCUAUAGUGUCUUCAGACUAAAAUCAGAUAAAAUGUGAAGAACAGUAUUUGUGCACAAUGAUUUUUUACUCACAUUUUUUGAGACUGAUGACUUUUUCUAGUCAGUCUGUCCACGAAGGCAGUGUUACAUAUUAGCUAGUUUGCAAGUCUCUAAGGUAUGGAAGCAUGGCAAGGUUAAGAGAUUGUAAAGAGUAAGGAAUAUAUUGUCUCAUUUGUUUCAGACGAUGCUCCAUUGUGUGUUUUGACGUGGAUAACAUAGUGAAAUGCAUGUACCACAUUACCAAAUUGUC